AUCCCUUUUGGUGUGUCUGCAAAGCUCAACGCACAUGCAAUUGUGCCUUUAUUCAUUUAUAGGACUGUGUACGCGACGGCAACGCAGCUGGAACGUUUUUGGCGAGUCGUUCACGCACCUGGAUAAAGUACCGACACAAGCUUCGUUCGUGUAUUGAACUCAAUGACCGUAUUAUAACUGGUGUAGCAAGGUUAGGCAGAGCGGGAAAAAGAGGAGCCUCGCGCCCGCCGGCUUGCUGCGGGAAAAUGGGCCGGAGCAGGAGCAGGAGCCGUGAACGCUCAAAGCGGUCACAUCACAGCAGAAGCAGGAGCCGGGACCGAGACCGGUCUGAGCGGGAUCGCAGGGACCGUCGCCGCAGCCGCUCGCGGGAUAGGUCUGAACGCGACCGCCGCCGCUCCCGCUCUCGCUCACGAGACCGCGACAGGAGCCGCCGCAGUCGCUCUCGGUCCAGAGACCGGCGAGACCGUGACAGGGACAGGGACAGGGACAGGGACAGGGCGCCCCGCGAGGGCCGGGAGCGCAGCGCGGGGGGCAGCCAACCGCCGGCCGCGGCGGAGGCCAAUGCGUCAGCAGGCACGGGCGCCAGCGCGGGUGCCAGCGGCGGCGCCGAAGCGGACCGCCUUGCUCGCCUAGCCGCUUGGAAGGCCAAGAUGGGCGGCGGUGGCGCUAUUGGUGCUGGGGGUGCUGGUGGCGCAGCUGCAGCCGCUUCACCAGCGCCGGCUGCAGCGGGACCGGGGGGCAGUAGCAAGGUGUGGAUGCCCUGGGAAGACCCGGAGCUGGUCGGCAAGGGCGCAGCGGCUGUAGCAGCGGCGCCAGCGGCUGUAGCCGCUGCACCGGCGCCGCAGGCGGCGGCGCCGGCGGCAGCAGCGGCGGCGGCCGGGCGGCGGCCGGGCGGCGGCGGCGGCGGGUUUGGUCUGGAUGACGAGGAGGAGGAGGAGGCGGACCGGGCGGCUAAGGAGGCGGAGAUGCGGGCGGCGGCCAUUCGGGAGAUGAUGAUGAAGGACCGGAACUACGUGCCGCCCACGAUCAAGGCCAAGAAGCUGAAGGACGCGGAGCAUGAUGCCGAGCUGGCGGCGCGCGCCGCCGCUGACGACGAGGACCCGCUGGACGCCUUCAUGGCGGCGGAGGUGCUGCCGGAGGUGAAGCAGCGGCAGGCGCAGGAGGAGGCGCGGCGGCAGGAGGAACGGCGCAAGAUGGCGGAGCAGCUGGCGUCGGGCAAGGCGCUGCCCUCGCUCAAGCUGCUGGAGGAGCUGUCCGACGAUGACGACCCAGACGCCAACCCGGACCUGGAGAUACAGAUCCCCGCCAACAAGGUCAAGCUGGUGAUCGGACCUGGCGGCGAGAAGAUCAAGGAGAUCCAAAAGAAGUCCAAGGCGCGAGUGCAGGUGAAGAAGGACGACAAGGAGCUUAACAAGGGCUUUGGCGAGGGCCUCAAGGCCGACAUGGAGGCGGCCAUGGCCAAUGCCUCGGGUGAGAAGAAGCUCAAGACAAUCCUGCUGUUCGGUGACGAGAAGUCUGUGGAGAUGGCUGAACGCAUGAUCAUGGAGGCCAUCGAGAACAAGGAGCAGAAGCAGCGCAACCGCGAGAAGGAGUACGAGCGCAAGCGCGAGGCCAAGCGCCGCGAGCGCAUGCUCUACCACCUGCGCCACGCCAAGCACUACGAGCUGCUGGAGGUUGCGCUGGGCGCCUCCAAGCUGGACGUGAAGAAGGCCUACCGGCGCCUGGCCAUGCAGUGGCACCCCGACAAGCACCCCGACAACCAGGAGGAGGCCAAGGCCAAGUUCCAGGAGAUCCAAAAGGCCUACGAGGCGCUCAUGUCCACCAGCGAGGACGACAUCAUCGAGCAGCUGCCGGACAGGGCGGGCGCGGGCGCGGUGCCGGAGGGCGGCGUGGUGGUGCCGCCACCCGCACCCGCGUGAGCAGCUGCGGGCUGCAAGGGCGCGCGCAGGAGCUCCUGCGAGAUCGGUGGUUCGCGUGUAUGCUGCGCGCUUGCGAAGAGGGCGUGGUUGUGGGGGUUAACGUUGAACGUGGUUGUGGGGGCUGUAUGGCCGUGGAGCAUGGGCCGGUAUGAGGGCGAGAAGGCGAUGUGCAGAUGUAGGAGUGAUGCGAUGUGGACUUUAUGGCAAGGUGAUACGGUAUGUGUGCUCGUGAGGGGGUGGGUCAACGGGGCCCGAGCUUGUACAGCCCACGGCUAACGGCUGUCGUCCUGCCUGACAACAUGUUGCUUUCCUCAGCGGAACACGUCACAAGCGCAUCGCUAGAUGUGCCCAGAUUCGGGACUGG